UUUUUUUUUUUGUAUAAUUUAUUUAUUUUUCCCUUAAAAAAUUAAGUUUUAGUAUGGCUUUCUUUGUUCGACCUUCCAAGUAUCGCCAUGUUUAUGGUACUUGUGCUAAAAGAGAUUUUUGUUAUGAUAACCUUCGUGUAAGCACAAAUGCUUGGGAUACUAACAUGUUGAAAGCUAAUCCUCGUUUCAUUUCUAUCAACUGGCAAUCCGCUGGUGGUGGUACUUUUGCUGUUAUUCCUCAUGAACAAGUUGGCAAAUUACCAGAUAAUUAUCCUCUUUUCCGUGGACAUACAGGUCCUGUCCUCGAUACUGAUUUUAAUCCUUUUAACGAUUAUGUGAUUGCUUCUGGAUCUGAAGAUAGUAAAAUUAUGAUUUGGGAUAUUCCUGAACAAUAUGCUGAAGACCAAGAAGAAAUCAAUCCUGUUUUAAAACUAUCUGGUCAUAGUCGUAAGGUGGGGCACGUGCUUUUCCAUCCUGUAGCAGAAAAUGUCUUGGCCUCAGCUAGUACAGAUUUAACCAUCAAGUUAUGGGAUAUUGAAAAGGGAGUUGAAAAGCAGGAAAUUACAGGUCAUACUGAAUUGAUUCAAUCCAUGGCAUGGAAUUAUAAUGGUUCCUUGAUGGCUACUACAUGUCGAGAUAAAAAGUUACGUGUCUUUGAUGUUCGUUCAAACCAGAUCGUACAAGAAGGUGCAGGACAUCAAGGUAUUAAGGGUUCCCGUGUUGUUUGGCUUGGUGAUACAGACCGUCUUGCUACCACUGGCUUUUCUCGUAUGAGUGAUCGUCAAUUGAAUCUUUGGAACGCUACCGACUUGUCCAAACCUAUCAAAUCUGAAUUUUUAGAUACUUCCUCUGGUGUUAUUAUGCCAUUUUAUGAUCCUGAUACAAAGAUUUUGUUCCUUGCUGGUAAAGGUGAUGGUAAUAUUCGUUAUUAUGAAUAUGAUAAUGAUGCUUUGCAUUUCCUUUCUGAGUUCAAAACAAUUGAACCUCAACGAGGUAUGGGUUUCUUACCUAAACGUGCUGUCCAUGCAAAUGAAUGUGAAAUUGCUAGAGCUUAUAAGGUUGGCAUAUCAUUAAUUGAACCUAUCUCAUUCACUGUUCCUAGAAAGUCAGAUGCAUUCCAGUCAGAUAUUUAUCCUCCUUGUAUUAGUGACGAACCUGCACUUACAGCUGAUGAAUGGUUUGAGGGUAAAGACGCUAAUCCCAAACUAAAAGAUCUUGAAGCAGGAUUUGUUGCAAAGAGUAAAAAGGAGUUUGUACCUUCAGCACCUGUUGAAGAAGUAAAAGCAUCCUCUUCUACUAUUGAAAAGAAUUCUGCUGAAAAAUCAACAGAGGAACUUACAAAAGAGAAUGAAGACUUAAAGAAUCAGUUGGCACUAAAGGAUACAAAGAUUCGUGUUCUUCAAAUUGAACUUGAUAAACUUCGUACAGAAUUAGCAGAGAUGACUUUGGCAAAGAAAAAUGAAGAACUAAAAACAGAAAAACUUGAGGAAUUACCUCAUUCUGAAAAUGCCUUGACUGAAUAAGCUUAUUGUAUUGUUAUUAUAUUAUUCUUUAUUUCUUUUCCUUUUCUUAAAGGGCUUCUCUCUCUCUUUCCCCUCCCCUCUCUGUUUUAUAUAUACAUAUACAAAUAUAUAAAUAUAUAAAAGAAACCCCCCAUUAAUAACUG